UGACAGCCUUUGAAGGGGCGGGAUCAUUUCAGCUGCGACUGUCAAGAUUGGCAAAAAGCUGGCUGCUGCGUGCGUGCAGGUAAAAGGAAAAAAGCGACACAAACCAGAAAACAUUAAUCCUGGAAGAGUGCGAGAAGUGCGAUGGAAACGGGCUGUCCGCUGAAAGCUUAUCAUGCGGUAGAAUCCCCAAAGCGAGGCAUUUAAGUCGGCGAUAAAGCGCAACACCUUCAGCGUCUUGGAAGAAAGUGCCGCUGUGUCAACCAUCGUUGGCUCCCGGGCACGCUUUGUACAGCAAGCAACUUGGCCAGCUGCGUGUUUUCAAGCGAGCCAUCAACAAAGAAUGAAAGCAUUCAAACGAGCUCUGGAAGACGAGCAUCGCCCGGAGCAGGAGCACUCCUCGGCUGUGUCGGACAGCGAUGACGGCUCCCCACUCGACCUGUCAGGAAGAGGGCUCUUUGGGAAGCGCCGUCGCCGCGGCAACCUACCCAAAGAAGCGGUGCAGAUCCUGCGCAGCUGGCUGUACGAGCACCGCUUCAACGCCUACCCGUCAGAGCAGGAGAAACUCAGUUUGUCGAGCCAGACCAACCUCUCUGUGCUGCAGAUAUGUAACUGGUUCAUCAACGCACGUCGACGCCUUCUCCCUGACCUGCUUCGCAAGGAUGGCAAAGAUCCCACAAAGUUCACUAUCUCCCGCAAGGUUGGUGGUAAAAGUGAAGGCCACUCGUCUAAUGGAGGUGGGGCAAGCUCUCCAGAAAGCAACUCCUCCCAACAACGCCCAUCUGUCAUUCGCUCUGCCCCAACACUGGACCUCAGUCUUCUUGGGAACACUGCGACUGCCAUUCUGACAGGAGCAGGCUACCCUGGUAAGGAGGGAUCGGUCCAGGCACUGAUGAAGCUGGAUACACAAAGUCUGUUGAGGGAAGCGGAGGAACAGGGGGCUUGUCUCACCAGCACAACAACGGCAGCCAGCCCCACCAGCGGCCUCUUCAACACGCCUCCCCCGACUCCUCCCGAGUUGUUCCCAACCCAGGACUUCAGUGACUUGAAGCUCCUGGUCGAUGCAGCUCUGCAGAGGGCAGCAGAGCAGGAGAACAUGAAGAGACUCCAGGAGAGCCAGAACAGACCUGCAGAGGCUGUAGAAACUGAACCACUGGAGACACAGUGCAGUGCCUACAGCGGUGUUAUGGGGCCCACACCACCUCCAGAAGACAGGCAACAAGUCAUGGAUCCUUCCAGGGUGCAGAGUCUAAUGGAGAAGGCUAUGGCUGUACGGGUGCCAACUGAAACUUCAGCAAAAGCUCCAGUGCCUCUUUCCUUAGCGGUAUCUGUGCCAGCCCCAGGUCCGGUCUUGGUCACAGCUCCGAGGCUAUCUCCUCUCCCAACGAAUAAAGUCAUCUGGAGUGCCUUAGAGAAGGACACUGCCAGAGCUUCCAGUCCAAACCAGCUUCAGCUCCUCCCAGCCCAUCUGCCAACCUUAGUGCCAGUGUCUGCCCCAGUUUUAGGACAGACAAAUUCUCAGAAACCAGCUGCUGCUCCAGAGAUAACCUCAGCUUCAUCAUCGCCUCCAGCCUCAAGCUCAGUUCCAGCUCCACUGCCCACUGCAUGUCCUACGAGCACAUCGGUGCCAGCUCCAAGGCCAGUGUCAGUGCCAUCAUCGGUCUUUCUCCCAGCCACAAGUUCCACCUCUAUCCCUGCUCCAAGCCAGGCUCCAUCCCCAAGUGUAGCGCUUGUUUCAGCUGCUCCUUCUCCAGCCAUCACCUCCUUUACACCCACCAUAGGAGUCCCACUUUACCUGCCACUCCACAAAUCUCCUUUAAUCCCAGUCUCAGUUCCAUGUCCAUCGCCUGUUUCAUCCGCAGCAUCAAGUCCAGCCCCCGCUCACACUCCAGUCUUUGCCCCUGCACAAGCUACAACUUCUGUCCCCGCUUCAGCCCCAGCAUCCUCCUCCACAACAACGAAUACGCCUCUUAUGGGUCUGGCUUCCCACCUCUCUCCUCCUCUUCAGCCCUCUUCCACAAGCAGCACCAGCACCAUCGUCAGCAGUAGCAGCGUUGGUAGCAGCAGCAGUAAUAGUAGUAGUGGAGAGAGGAAUUCAGCAGUGGUCCCCAGCAUUUGGAGCAUGGUCCACGCUGAUACCAGGCAACCCAGCUCUCUUCAAGUGGUUAAGACCCCCAUAACUACAGUGUGGGGCCCACAGCGCAGCCUGCAGACAGUGAGUGAAACUGUGAACUAGGAGCUGAAAGCGCCUUUUUUAAAAAUCUGUCUCCAAAGGGGAGAGGGGCCAAACAUUGCCUUUGGCUGGACAACACUGUAUAUAGGAGAAUGUAUCUUCAUCACCGGUUCCUUUUUGUCAUUUUUAAAGCCUGUGCCUGCAGAAUACGGGGACUGAGACGAUACGUGUCAAUUGGGAAAGUGAAGUCAUGAACAUGAGUUGUUAUAGAAGCUUGCUGUUCCAAGCAACUUUUUAUCGUUGAGAGUAUUCUCAGAUGGGGGCACCUGCUGGUAAGAACACUUUGAUGCCAUUUCUCAAAAUGUACAUUCCUCGGUGCAGAAUCGAUGUAGUUGUAAAGGUUUUUUUGAUGACAUUUUCACACCUCUCUCUCACAAGACGAUUUACGGACGAGCAGGAGAAUAAUCCCUUAAUUGUACAAAAUCUCUCUUGGUGUAUUUAUCAGCACCAGCAGUUAGCCUCUUCAGUAGCAGUACCGGACUUUGUUGAAUGUACAAAAGACUUUGAUAUCAGUGGCUAGACUGCCUAGCACCAUUUCACCUCCCAGGCUAAAAACUGAGGACAUGAGUUUUUGUUUUAGUUGGUUUUUUUUUUCCUUUUGUACGUACAUAAUACACACGUCAUAGUUGUCUAUAGUUGUGCAAUUCAGAUGAUUUUUUCCACCCCAAAAUUUAGUCUGCUUUUUACUCCACUACAUUUCUCCCCCUUUUCCUUAAAGAUGAGUAGAAGGGAAAUUGAUUGUAAUGCAACAAGCCUGACUGAGUGACUCGCCUUGAUGUGUCUGCUCCCCCCGUCUCCUCCAUUUUCCUGUCUUUUAUAGCUGAGGGCAUUCAUCGGCUCUCAUGAAUUACCAUCUCAACCAUUCAUCACAUGCUCUCAAGUACCGCACAUUUCUGUCUUUUUUUUUUUGCCUUCUCCUUUUAUAAAAAAGCUGUAUUUACUGUGUUUUUGCCUAAACAAAUCUGUUCCUUUUGGCACUUUAAGCCACCUCGACCAGUUGUGUACAGUUUUCAGGGAUUAUUGUUGAGGGGGGAGGGUGGUUUGUGGAUCUAGGAUGAAGGGGGAAGAAGGUCACAUCACUUCUGUUACAGAAAUCAAUUUUAGUGGCGAGGUGAGCAGCUUGCCGACCCGAUCAAGUCCUUUCUGCUCCUGAACUGAAACGUUACACUUGUGAGGCGUCCGUCUUCGUCUUUUGUGGUGCAAAACACUUUAAAUGUUUGAACCUCUCAUACGAAGGGGGAAUAUAUAAAUUAUUAAGAUUUCCCCAUCAAUUUGGUCAGCAUAUUUCAAACCUGAUUGUCUUACUGAUGGGAAGAUUAAUUGGUAUGUUUUAGUCUCUCUAAGGCAAAUGUAGCACAUGUCCUGAACAGCUGAAUUUUGCUGGGAGUCCCAUAGAUGGGUACAAGAGCAUCAUUUUUUUCCACAUUAGUAUUUUCCGCCUGUGUUUAGAAAGGGUUUCUAUAGAAUUUCUAAUCAUUCAUAAAGCUGUAGUUUCCAUGAAACUGUCUUUGCAUAAAUCACAUUAUAUGGCUGAAUGCCACCUGGACAUUAAAGGUAGUAUAGUGGAAAAGUUCCUGCGUGAAUAAUACUAAUAGCAGAAUUGGAAGGCGAAUCUUCAGUGCUGUCAUGUUUACUAGGGUUACUUAAUUGUGCUUCGUUCACACGAUUGCAUCUUGCAUGUGCAAAGGGAAGGUCUGAUGUUAAAUACUGCUGAGCGCUGACCAUCUCUAGAAAAACCUCUCGUUUAUCGCAGGUAUGGAAGCUUUGACCCUCCUCUUGUACUUCCACUUCUUUUUUGGUUUUGUUUCCUUCGUCAUUGCCUCUGUGCAUGUCAGUGGAGGAUUUUGUCUUUUUCUAUUACAGGUACUCAUUAGACUGAUGUGCAUUUAUACCUCAAUUUACACAGGUCAUGUCAGGCUUGGGUCAUAUGUAGAAUACUAAGUAUUAAAGUAAUAUUUUUAUUGUUCAUACCGCAUUGUGUCACUGUGACAACAUCUCAUCAGUUAUGAUACUGGAAAUGGCUGGCUUAAGAUUAGACAGAUAUGUUUUUUUGUUUUUUGUUUUUUUUUUAAUAACAAGGUUUAUGUGAUUUUUUUUUUUUUUUUUUUUUAGAUGCAAGAUGGCGCUCCAAUCAUAUCAGACGAUGUGAUGAUACGUGUAAAUAUUUUCAAGGUCAUGUUUUGUUUGUUUGUAUUGGCAUGAACUUUAUCUCAAUCUGUGUAGUUUAUCUCCAGCCAAAUACAUUGAAAAAUGUCUCUCAAGUUCAUGUUGUGAAUCAUGACUGACUGUUGGCAGUAUGACUGGCAGCUGUGCCUUAAACUUACAACUGAGGGAAGAUGUCCCUUUUUUUUAUAUAUAUAUAAAAACUUCUCAAUAGUCUGUGCAAUAUAUGCCUUAAACUGUGUUUUGUAUCAGCAUUUCAGAGAAAUAAAAGUUCAGUUUUUCAUAAAUGCUGUUUCUUCUCAGCCUUUUGUCGUUUUGUGCGAAUAACUAAAUUGCAUCAUCAGUGGAUGUUAAAUACAUUUUUUUAAUAACCCAGGGUUCAAACAAAGUCUUUAAAGUUGAAAAUGCAUAAUCUUCAGUUUUAAUCUUAAACUUUAAUGUUUUCAAGGUUAGCAGUAUACUGAAAAACAUUUUUUAUUUGUCUCAGUAGGUGUUUGGUUGAUGGUGACUCACUGUCAGUGAGUCAAUGUUAAUAGUAACACUUGUGCUUUUCCUACUACACUAAGUCAACAUGCUGCUGUGAAGAAGGCCUCACAAACACUUUUCUUAUGACGUUGAAACGAUUUUUCUCAUUUGUGUUUUGUCAGCGCUCUUCUCAGGUCAGAUGAAAGAAACCGAAACUUUGACCAACAGGACUGCAGCUUAGUGCAUAUUUUUAGCCAAUUUACUACAAAGUAUCUUUGCUUAACUUUGCUUCUUUCAAAUAAAUACAUGAGUUUUGUCUUACAGUAGUGAACAAUGAGUUACGCUAACACUGUAAAGGAAAGCAAAGUGGUGGUACGGUACAGUAUACUCUAGUGUACAGUAUAAGUACUAUACACUGUAGGAGAAAUGGUAGAAUAACUCAAAAACACCCCAAACACACAACCACACUUUUUUAUGUUCAAAGGCAUGAAUAUAUUUACUUUAUUUGCCUGAGCAAUUUCAAGACUGAAUUCCCCCGAUCACACAGACAUAACUGAUCCUUCAACAAAAACACUCAACCAGCCGAUAUAAGUUUAGACUAAAAGCUCUGGUAGACCACUUCAUCAUGUGGAAGGGCUCAUCACUUUUAAUAAACACACUCAGUACAAUUUGUUUUCAUCCAUUUCCAACAUACAGGGAUACAAAUAUUACACGUCAGGAGACUUAUCGCAGGGUUGUGCAGGUGUGGUAGCUAAUUGGCAGGAAGAGGUAAACAUUGCUUGUAUUGUAUGAAGCACUGAAUGCGGCAGUCUAAAACGCCACUCCCCGCCAAUACACACAUGUAUGAUGUUUGACACAUCUCAAAAGUCCAAACAGAUUAGCUGCAAUGAUUUUAAAAAAAAAAAGGUCAGAA